UCUGCGUUGGCCACAGCUUCAGAUUCAUCCAAGAGGCAUUGUCUGCAUCUCUAGAGUUGACUAAAAUCGUAUGAAUUAACAACUCGUAUGGGGAAUUCUAACUGUGCAGGAGAUUCUUGGUUCUUCAUGAAGGAAUCGGGGAAAUAAUGCAGAUAGCAGCUCUUGCAGAUUUUUCCCUAAUGAUCUGCUUAUCCUGAAAAUGUACUCUGGGACUUGGUUAAAGGCUGGGUACAUACCCCUUUUUAACACUUGCUCGGUCUUGGAUUGCAGAAAGACUCGUUUCUCAUGGAUAGAACAGUGACAGGUUCUCCUUCUAGAGUAAAAAAGAGAUUGUCACUCAUCUUUUGCAUGAACGCUGUUGCAGAAAUGGCAGGACUGGUACCAUUAGCGAGAUGAGUUCAUUUUGCUAGUUUUGUUUACUUUUUCCAUUCUGGCUGGUAGUUCCCUCUUUUUCUUUAACCUUUCCUCGUAUUUUCUUCAUGCACAUGUGUCAAUGAAGACUGAGGCCUCAAAUAAUGGGGAAAAAUUUGUAUAUUUUUGUUUCCAGGUCUUGUUCCCUUAUCCUUCUAUCAAAACAGAGUUGUUUUGACCCUGUAAAGGGAAUUCGUUCUCUUAGGGUUUUUGUUUGUUUGUUUGGUUGGUUGGUUUGUUGGUUUUUGUUUGGUUCCCCUUCCACCCCUCCCUCCCCAGUAUUUCUUACGAAUGUCUAUUUAAAAGGAUAAUGAGUCUCUAAGAUUCAAAUAUAGAUAUCAAAUGUGCAGGAGAUUCGCCAAUUGACACUUCAGGCACUUGAAUCAGGUAUACUUGAAAAUUUAUCAAUGGCCAUCAGAGUCUAAGGUGUGCAGCUUUAAUUCUCUUUUCCCGCUGCCUGAAAGUAUUUUGUUGAAAAUGUGCCAUAGCUACUUAAAUACACAAUAAUCUGAACAAUGUUUUGGUAACGACCCCUUUGCAUCCUUAUUUCUGAGAAAAGAAAAAUGUCUUCCUGGGAUUAUAGAAUGACUUGAUUGAAUAUAAUUAUGUAUAAAAUGGACAGGUUCAAUACAGGAGCUUUCCUGUCUCCUGGGUAGUUGUAGAUACAGUCAGCACAGAGUGAUGAAGUAGCCUACAGCUGUAUAUCAGAGACGGUUUUCUUUCGCUGCCCUUGCGCCGGUCAUUCCAUCAUGUCUUCUACAAAUAUUUGUGGUGAAAAUUCUGCUUUUGUACUACUGCGGUAGGACUCGUAAUGCUCCGUACGUCCUAUUAAAAUAACGCCAUUACAUCUCACUGCGUGCAGUGCCGGGAGGAGGCUGCGGGCGCCGCUGUUGACCGAGAGGAGCGAGCGGGAGCUCGGAGCGCCGCAGCCCCGCCCGCUGCGGAUCGGUUCUCUCGCUCUCCCGGUGUGUGAGUCGGCGGCGGAACAGUCUGCGGUCGUUCCCGCGGUGCGGAGAGGUGCUGAAGGGAGUCGAAAGAGCCUGGCAAGAGCGCUCGGGAGCAGAGCGCCGGAGCUACACCGCGAAGCCAGAUCGGUGAGCGGCGGCGGAGAGCUCCCGGCAGUGUUGCGGUGCCGCAGCGGAGAUGUGCGCGGCGGGGAGGCGCUGGGGCCGGCGGCAGCGAGCUCUGCUCUGGGCCGUGCUGCUGGCAGCGUGGGAGGCGGCGUGGGGGCAGCUGCGCUACUCCGUGCCCGAGGAGAUGCCCAAGGGCUCGUUCGUGGGGGACGUGGUCCAGGACCUGGGGCUGCAGCUGCCGGAGAUCCGCGAUAAUACCGUCCGUGUUGUCUCCAAGGGUAGGAUGCAGUAUUUUACCCUGCACGGGAAGACGGGACAUUUAGUGACGGCACAGAGGAUCGACAGAGAGCAGGUGUGCGAACGUGUGCAGCAAUGCGUGCUGCGCUGUGAACUGAUAGUGGAGGGGGAAAUGAAGUUCUAUCAAAUAGAAGUGGAAAUAACAGAUGUUAAUGACAACGAGCCCAGCUUCAGAGAGACGGAAAAAGAAUUAAGAGUGAACGAGAUGACAGCCCUGGGGGCGAGGUUUCCCCUCCGAGAAGCACAAGACCCAGAUUCAGGCAGGAAUUCCCUGCAGAGCUACGAGCUGAGCGGUGACGAGCACUUCUCGCUGGCCGUGCAGGCGGGCCCCGGCGGCGAUCAGCGUCCCGAGCUGGUGCUGGCGAAGGCGCUGGACCGGGAGGAGGCGGCGUUUCACGAGCUGGUGCUGAGGGCGAUGGACGGCGGCGAUCCGGCACGGACGGGCACGGCUCGGAUCCGCGUGACGGUGCUGGACGCGAACGACAAUGCGCCCGUGUUCAGCCAGGCGGAGUACACGGUGCGUGUGCCCGAGGACGUGCCCGUGGGCUCUGUCCUCGUCACUGUCACGGCCACCGACGCCGACGAGGGUCAGAACGGGCAGGUGAAAUACAGCUUCCAUAAAAUUUCAGACCAGGCAUCGGAACUUUUCCACCUGGACGCUGAGUCAGGAAAAAUAACGGUUAAAAAUUAUUUGGACUUCGAGGAAAUCUCCUCCCAUGAACUUGAGGUUCAGGCACAUGACGGAGGAGAGCUUUUUGACACAACGAAAGUUAUUAUUACAGUGACAGAUGUCAACGACAAUGCGCCGGAGAUUUCGGUGCAGUCAGCGCUGAGCGCGAUUUCCGAAGACUCCCCAAUGGGGACGGUGGUGGCCCUGUUGCAUGUACAGGAUCUGGACUCGGGGGCGAACGGAGAGAUACGUUGCUCGCUGGAUGGGGAUGUCCCGUUCCAGAUGCAGAGCUCUCAGGGCAAUUACUACAGCGUGGUGACAGCGAGAGAGCUGGACCGGGAGCAGGUGUCGGAGUACAACGUGACGGUGCGGGCUGCCGACGGCGGGUCGCCGCCGCUGCAGAGCAGCGCGGUGCUGGCGCUGCGGGUGCUGGACGUGAACGACAACGCGCCGGUGUUCGCGGAGGAGCGCUACAGCGCGCGGCUGUCGGAGAACAACGCGGCGGGCGCGCUGGUGCUGAGGGUGCGCGCCACGGACGCGGACUGGGGGCAGAACGCGCGCGUGCGGUACCGGCUGGCGGAGGGGCGGGUGCGGGGCGCGGCGCUGUCGUCGUACGUGUCGGUGCAGGCGGAGACGGGCGCGCUGUACGCGCUGCGCUCCUUCGACUACGAGCAGCUGCGCGAGCUGCAGCUGUGGGUGCGUGCGGAGGACGGCGGCGCGCCGGCGCUGGCAGCAACGUGUCGGUGCGGCUGCAGAUCGUGGACGAGAACGACAACGCGCCGCAGGUGCUGUACCCGCCGCCGGCUUUAGCGGCGGGCUCGGGCGCUGCGUGGUCGGGCGUGGAGCUGGCGCCGCGCUGGUCGGAGGC